GAGACCUUUUUUUGUCAGUGAGAGAGUGUGUAUGUAACAGAAAUCACUGAUGAUGUAAAAGAGAAAGAGAGAGAGAGAGACAUAAGAAGCAGUGAGAGAAAAGGGGUGGGUGUUAGUGAGAGAGAGACAAGUGCAAGGAAGCGUGGAAUGGAACGCAUCACAUUUCUUCAAUGAUCCCAGAGCUGUCUGACUCAGCAGAGGCAUGUUCUUCUUCCUCCGAGAUAACAACAGGAUGAGCACAGAGCCUGUUGACAAUUACCGCCGAACCACCAAGAAGUCCCUGAAAAGGAGGCAUGACAAGAAACAAGGCAGUGUCACAAAGGGGGAGCAAGGAGGAAGCCUGAAAAGGCGAUCUCACGGGCAUACCAAUCCACCAUUGACACCCAUGUCUUCACAGGCCAGAGGGAGAGGUGAAGGAGCUCCAGGAGGUGGAGAGGAGAACCCAGCUAGGCAGCAGACAAAAAGCAAGGAGGGAUUAUGGCAGGAUAUUAGGGUGGGGCCCCUAAGAAGGUCUUCUGAAUCAAGCAGAAGAAGUUUGCUAAAUCAAAUGUCAGCCUCCUACAAGCCUUCAACAUCCCUAGAGGAUGAGGAGGAUGAGGAAGAAGAAGAUGAAGAAGAUUGUGAAGAAGAUGAAGAAGAACAGCAAGAUGAAGAUGAGGAAGAGGAGGAGGAGGAGGAAGAGGAAGAUGAGGAAGAUGAGCAGCUAAUCUUUAACCGUAAAGAGCUGUUCCCCAUCCUGAAUGCUGUUUUUGGCCAGGACAGAGACCUGCGACCAGAAGAAAUUGAAGAGCUGAAGGAGGCAUUCCAGGAAUUUGACAAGGACAAAGAUGGCUUCAUUAGCUACAAAGACCUCGGGGAGUGUAUGCGAACCAUGGGAUACAUGCCGACAGAAAUGGAGUUGAUCGAACUGUCACAGCAAAUUAGUGGCGGACGAGUAGACUUUGAUGAUUUUGUUGAGCUGAUGGGACCAAAAAUGCUGGCAGAAACAGCAGACAUGAUUGGAGUAAAAGAGCUACGGGAUGCUUUUCGAGAGUUUGACAGCAACGGAGAUGGCAAAAUCAGCACUUCAGAACUACGCGAAGCCAUGAAGAAACUGCUUGGUCAGCAGCUCAAUUCCAGGGAAGUGGAUGAAAUUCUUAAAGAUGUUGACCUGAACGGGGAUGGUCUAGUAGAUUUUGAGGAAUUUGUUCGAAUGAUGUCUCGUUGAUUCCAGUGACAGUAACAACAACAGUAAUAUUUGAUCUGAAGAGAUGCAAUUUAAGGAAAUCUGCCUGUUUGAGUGCCUUAUUUCUAUUUCAAAAUUAUGGGAAUGGAAAUGCGUACCCAACUAACUAAUUUGUAUCGGUGAACACUCAGGAUGUACUUACGUGUUUUUUCUGAUGGUGAUGUAGCGUCAGUAAGAGUGCUAGACAACUGUAAAAAACAGAACAGAUCUUCAAAGUCACCAGUGGACAAAACAGGCCCAGUGUCCCAGCUAACAUAGUCAAUUUCUGUUUCUAAACCAGUUCUGUAAAUUGUCAUCUGUGUCUUGUGCCUGCAUGUAAAUGUGUGUUUUCUGCUUUAGAAGAUUUAAUUUAUUUUAUUUAAAAAGAAGCAAAUAACACUAGUCUACCACUCUAUUUUUGACGUUGAAGAAAGGCCCAAAGUAUUUCAGCUGUGGAAUUAAGUUUUAUGAUCAGGGUAAUGGGAUGAGUUAUCAGUAUAACAGAAUUUGCUACUAAGGUUUCCAACAUCCACUUCUAUUAUGAAAUAACAAUGACCCACACAGAUUUGGGAAAAGGUGAACGCUGGCAUGUUCCUGAGGGUGCUGGAAUUAAACGCUGAAUGUUUUUUAGGUGUACAGUAUUUUGGAGUAUACGUAUUAAUAAGACAUUUUAUUACUUCAGCAUAUAAGCCUCACUGUAAUACAUAAACUACUUUACAGAGGAGUACAGAAUCACCCCAAAUUAACAUUGCAUUUCAUUGUUACUGUUAUUCAUUAAACAAAUGAUUAAUGUGCCUAAUUGCACAUCACAGAUCAAAAGAUAAUUAGGCUUGAUGGUUCAGUAUACCUAUCUGUUCAUCCUGUUUUUACAUUCAAGUAAUAAGCAACUUAACUUUAACACCACACGUAGAUGGAGUGCCACUUCCACCACAUACAGUAAUGUUUUUUUUUGUUUGUUUUUUUUUUGAUAUCACAUUAAGACAAAUUAAGUUUUCAUGACUUUAUAAAUGAAAAUAAAAACAAUUAGGUUUUAUAAACUAAAACAGCAUUCCACUUCUUCCAGAAAAGAUCAUAUUUUUAGCAGUUGUAUGCUUACUUGGGAAUUAUUGUG